AAGUUUCCUCCCUGAGCCGAAACGUGCAGGUCAGCCGCCCGUCCGCGGUGGCUGGAAGCACAAAAAACCCAACAGAAGAUGGGGAAACUUCAGGCGUUUGAGAUCACUCUAAAAGACAACAAAGUGGUUUAUAGUCCCGGCGAGUCCAUCUCCGGCACCGUGAAAGUCAACACAGCCCAGCCGAUACAGUGCAAAGAAAUCAAGGUGAACUGCCAGGGUUACUGUGGCGUGACCAACAAAGCAAACGACACAGCCUGGGUAGAGGAAGAACAGUACUUCAGCAGCUCUCUAUCAGUGGCAGAUAAAGGCACUCUGAAACAAGGCGAGCACAGUUUUCCCUUCAAAUUUCUCAUACCAGCCACAGCUCCAACAUCAUAUGAAGGCCCCUAUGGAAGGAUUAUGUACAGAAUUAGAGCCUUUAUCGACACUCCCCGCUUUGCAAAGGACUACCGGACAGAGAAGCCCUUCUAUAUGCUGAACAACAUUAACCUCAAUGAAGUUGCUGACAUAAAUGAGCCAAGCUCAUCAUCUGUAACUAAGAAUUUCUCUUACAAUCUGGUGAAGAAUGGGACAGUUGUGCUGACGGCUAAAAGUGACCUGCGAGGCUAUGCUCCAGGUCAGGUCAUCAAAGUGUCCACUGAAAUUGAUAACCGAUCAGGGAAGUCCACAGGCCACGUGGUGGCAAGCCUGAUGCAGAAAGUUACGUAUAAUACAAAGAGACCAACGCAAGACUUGAGGGCGAUAGCAGAAGUAGAGGGGGCUGGAGUGAAGGGAGGAAAGCAGGCUGAGUGGAAAGAGCAGAUCAUUGUUCCUCCUCUGCCCCAGUCUUCUCUGGCUGGCUGUGAUCUUAUCAAGAUUAACUAUUUCAUUCAGGUUUCUCUGAAGUACCCAGAAGUGUUACUGACUCUGCCCAUCCACAUUGGAAAUAUUGCGAUCGAUCCUAGCCUCCACACUCCAUCCAGGCCGGCCGCCCCUCUCCCAAGACCACGCGCAACCCCUUCUUCUACUUCUACCACUCCUACAACCACCACUGCAUCUCGCUCUGCUUCCACCACCACACCUCCUCAGACAGCCCCCAGACCUGCCCCCCGUCCACGGCCCCGCAGUACUUGCAUCACCCCGAGCGCCCCUCCGCCAGAGCCAGAUAUGCUGGAUGCGGGCUCUCGCCACAGUGAGGAGAUCCCCACCAAGAUCCACUCUCAGCAGCAGGCCAGCGGCUCUGAGGCUGCCAUUUCCCCCAAUGCCUUUAGCUAUGCUCCAGGCCUCUCUUUCCCACAGAACCAGCGCAACAACAGCAGCAAUGCUUCAGCACCCCAAUUCUGCAUCUCCACAGGAGCCACCAUCCCUUUCUUCACGGAGGGAAAUGCCCCACCCGUCCCAACCAACUGCCCCCUCAUCCUGCCUCCAGAAUACAGGAGUUCAUCAUACCCACAUGAGCCUCCGCCAUCUUAUGAAGACAGCUGCACCAACACCUAAAGGAUUUAUGCAGUCUGUAUUAAGGAAUAACCCCUGAUCACUCACUUUAGGACUUAGAAUUCUUGCUCUUUCGGGGCUAUGGGACCAUGUUCACAUUGGAAGUGAUUAGAGCAAAAAGACGUGAAGUUUUUGUUUGUUUGUAUUUUUUUUUUCUUCCUGCAAGCAUGGAGUGACAUCUGUGAUGCCACUAAUUUAAAUGUAUUAUUGUUUAUUAGUUUUUAAUUGGAAGUCAUUGCAUUUUGUAUCAUUUGGAUGGCCCAAGAGAAAAAGUUAUUAGUUUUAAAUUGUUGUUAUUACUAUUAUUGUGGAUCAUUAUGCUAAUUAACCUAAUUUGCGCACUUUCAGUAACGAGCCCUAGUCACUAAAAUCUUUGUCUCUGUUCAUGUUUCUAGUUGGUUUUGUUUGUUCUUUUUACUGAUUUACUGAUUGUUGGUUAAUAAGAUUUUCGAGCCUGUCUUAUAAAUGUGUUGGAAAACUAGACCUGCGCCGAUAUUCAGUAAUAAGUUUUACUGUGAUAUUUAAUACACACGUUGUUAUCGCUGAUGCUCUGAAAUGCUGUUCUUGCAUUUUUGGCAAAUUCACAAGUGAUAUGCUAUCAAUCAAUGCCAGAAAAAAAACAGCGUUCAGUAAAUGAAUGUACCAUUAUAGAGUCCCGUAGUAGAAGUCUUUUUCCAUUUUCAGACAGAUAUACCCACAAUGCAUAACCAUGAUAUUGCUGUUUAAAACACCCACAUGUAUACAUCUCAUAAAUGCAAAAAUUCUUAAAUCCAACAUUGUGAUAUUUUAAAGUGUGAUAAGAAGUUUGGUAGAUCUCGUAUUACAAUUUUAGAUUUGUACAUGUCUGUUGAAAAAGGACACAUCUGGGCAAUAAUGGAAAUGUUUUAUUUCAUUUUUUUUAAUAUAUUGUGUGUCUAUGAAUUUUGUAAAAAUUAUUGUAUUUUCUUCUAAAGAUAUUUGAUUACAUUUAAAUAAAUCUGUUUUCAAAGCUAAA